AUGCAGAGUUUGUGGUCCCGCGCUGCUCCGACGCAGUCGACCUGCCGCUGCGUUUCGUGCGUGAGCACCAUCGCCAACGGGGUCGCCUCACGAUCAGCAGCAGCAGCUAGCAAAAGACGACUGCGCAUUGGCAAUUCUGUUACCGCGCUCUAUUCCACCAUCUUCGCCGCAGCCGCCCUCGCCGACGCGAAAGCCAAAGACCAACGUCGAAAUGACUGGGAGGAGAAAAUUGCUGCCGUUAAAGCAGAGGUAAAUGAGCUGGUUGAUGAAGAAAAACGGAUUUUGGAAACACUCCAAUCACGAAGGAAGUCUCGGGAAUUUGGCCGAUUGACGCAAGCACGAGGAUUUGGCACUCUGUCGACCAACUCCCGGCCACAACAACGAAAUGUGUCGAAGCAGCCCACAAGGUCCUUUCACACUCAACAUAGGCUAUUCAAUGCCGCACUCGCACGGGCCGAGGAAAGCUGGACGGCAGAAGAACUUGGUGAUCUUGACCUUCAGGAGGCGGAGGCAAGUGAACUACGCGCCGCUAUGAAUGACCAUCUAGAACCUUGGGUUCUGAAUGACUCUCUGCGUAUCAAGGCCAUCCAAAAGCUCGCCUUGAAACAAUUUGCUGUUAGACUCUUGUUACGUCCAACAAUUGCCCACCGCUAUUUGGGGCUCAAAAAGAACUAUGGCACCGACUUCAAAAUUCCGAAAAUCGAUGUUGAGAACCUUCUGGACGAGCUGAAAUCCACCCGAUACCGAAUCAAUGAGCUGAAAACGGUGAAAAAUGUCGAUUUCAAUGACCUAAUCUGUGAUUAUGUGGCGAUGCGUUUUGAAGACGUACAAGAAGAGCGCCGGAGGCUUGAUGAAGAGCUUUUCCUGGAUAUUCAGUCAUUCAUGAGCGAGCAAAUGUCUUUACAAGAACUGCUUUUGCGGAUUUCCAGUAAUCUGCUCAGCUCGGUGGAUCCGGACCGCACGACAGCAUUCAGACACAUGCUUAUGACUUUCACACAAGCUCGUCAGAAUGAUCUGAACGAACUACUAUUACGGACAUUGUUGCCCCAUCGCUUCUACCUCAGUACUUCACUCAUCAUCACGAUCCUGUCAUUUUUCCGCAAGUCCAAGAACCUUAAAGACUUUGACCUAUUCCUCCAAAUGCUGAGUGGCGAUGGAUAUUCCGCCAAUCUGGGAGCUAUUGGUUACUUCCGACGUCGAAGAAUUAAUGGUCUGGAUAUGGUUAUUCCACCCCUCAGUAGCAACAAUUUCGUUAUAUACACAGAGUUGAUUUCAACUGCAUUGCGCUUCAACCAGCCGGAUAGAGCGGAUGCUUGGCUCCAAGCCGCACGGAGAGUUGGCUUUUUGGACAACUUUAAUACUCUAUUCACUUACAUUCGAUUCUACAGCAUUCGACAGGACUGGGAAAAGGGCGUACACGCGCUCAAGAGAGCUGUCACAUUCCUUGUGUCUUCAACGGCUCAUUCAAGCAACCUUGUGGAUCGACUGAUACUCUAUAUGGUUCAUUUCUGCGACUCAUGUCGCAGAAAAGAUGUCUCGGAAAGCUUGAUCUCGGCGGCCAUGUAUAGUGGAUUUAAUCCCGAGAUCCCAUCCAUACAAGACGAGAUCGCGCCUCUCGUGGAUAUUGGUGGCGUGCGCUGGACAAAAGCUGCUGAGACUGCGCCGAAGGAGAACUCAAAUCGUCAGCUAUGGCAGAAGUGCGCUGAUUUUGCGCAUAUCUUCGGUGAACAAUUAAAUGACCUCGAAGUGCCCGAAGACCAAUCACGAACGCGACAACUGACCCGCUUAUCUGCUAUCCACGCGCAAGAUGCUCUGGUCGCUGCUCUUGCAGACAAUUCAUCACUGUCCAAAACAGCACAGAAACAGACAGUCGUACGGAGUUCAGAAAUAAAAUCUGACAAAGUGAUACAUAGUCAAAAUGGCCAAGGGGAAAAUAUGCAGAGCGCUGAAUUUGCAGCAUUGAAGGACGAAGUCUCUCAGCUUCGACAACUAGUCUUCGAGCUUCGCAAACAUCAUAUUGAAGCUUCUUUCAAAACAGACCUUCAUCAUGAUCUCGAGUUCGAGGACACCAUGUCUCAAGCGCACAAACCAAGACAGACUUCGCAUGAAACUGCUUUUCAACCCAAUGAAUCUCCUAUGAGCGUGGAAUUUCAAAGGAUACCCAGCCCAGUCAACAGUGACCAGGGCCGCAGAUCUUCUUCGCCGAAUCUUUCUUUUCGGCCGGCCGCUGCCAUGAGGGCGCCAGUUCAGGCUGACGAUUCGUCAUUUGCUGGUACAAAUCACCAAGCUCGUUCAGCUAUAUCGGGACAGGCAAAAGGCCUUGGCUGGUUGGCUCACAGAUCCAAGAGGAAGAAUCCUACUUCUUGCGCGGAACGUGCAGCACGCGAAGGUUGA